AUGAAUUUUUUUGCUGACAUUCAAGAACUAAACUUCCUUGAAGAACUACACUCCGUUUUUUAUCGCGUCAAAGAUCCUGGCACGUAUUCGUCAGAUAAAAACGUGAUAAAUGCUAUUGAUGAAUGGCUCCAUUCCAAGGGAAUAACACGAGAAAGGUUAUUUCAUUUACUCUAUAAACAUAAAGCUGACGAUGUAAAUUAUGCAUGUAUUCUCGGAGUCUUUUUUCAUUAUGGUAUUGGUGUCCAAGUUAACCGUCAGAUGGCAUUUAACUUCUAUCAACACGCUGCAAAAGAUAAUAACGACGCAUUUGCGCAAAAUCGAUUGGGUUAUUGCUAUCGGGAUUGUAUCGGCACGACAAGGAAUUUGGAUGAGGCUUUCAAAUGGUUCAAAAAAUCAGCAGAAGGAGGCCACAUGUGCGGCAUGCGGACUUUGGCAGAGCAUUAUUAUGACGGGUUGGGUUGUGAGAAAAAUUCUUGCCGUGCAUUUUUUUGGUACUCAAAAGCGUAUAUUAAUGGCAACCCAAGAUCAAUUCAAUCGAUCUCCAUGUGUCAUGAAAAGGGCCAUGGAACUCCACGUGAUCUGCAUGAAGCAUUAUUCUGGGCAAGAAAAGAUCAAGAUGGUUUUACUAGUUGGUCGCUUUUGCAAAGGUGGUUCAAUUAA